AGGUCGCGAAAAGAAGCGCCACCCGGGCUGCUUCCAGCACUGUAGCGGUGUGCUUGCUAACUGCGGUGUGCUUCUGCGGUCUGUGCUGAGUUCGAGUCUUCCCUGCGGGGUCGGGCUGCUGAGAGCGAGACGAUGAAGGCGAAGGCCACCGCGCCGGUGCCCCAAGCGGGGCCUGCCGAGAAGCUCGCUCGGAAGAAAGCCAAGAAGAAGUUCAGGAAGAGGAAAGCACAGGGAGGAAGCGGGGCUCCGGGAAGCCGCCCGCCAACUAUCGCGGGCCGACCGCCAAAAGCCCCAGAGAACUUUUCUCAGAAUUGGAAGGCGCUGCUAGAGCUGCUGAAACAAAAGUCACAGGCCCCAGAAAAACCUCUUGUCUCUCAGAACGAUGACAAAAUGCAUUCCCAGAUAAUCCAGAAGAACAAAAAAGAGACCUCAGAAAAGUCAAAGGGAGACAGGAAGAGAACAGAAAAAGACCAGAGCACUAGGGGUUCUGUUACGUCUACAUCUAAGAAGGACAGGAAGAUACCAGUACCUCCCACAAAUACCUCUGGAACAGAACAGAAGAAAGGAGCCAAGAAGAGGACAUAUAGUGACAUCUCUUCUCAUCAAGGGGACACCAAGCAUAAGCGGAAAGCUAAGGAGGCAGCUGUCGUCUUGAAUCAGUCCACGCCUACUGAGGAAGACAUCUGGUUUGAUGAUGUGGAUCCAGAUGAUAUUGAAGCUGCCAUAGGCCCAGAGGCAGCCAUGCUGGUAUGGAAGCGGCUGGGGCAGAGCAAGAGUAACAUCACCCUGGAGAAGGAACAGGCCUUUAGCGGCCUGACAAAAGCCUUGGCCCUGGACUGUGAGAUGGUAGGCGUGGGCCCCAAGGGGGAAGAGAGCAUCGCAGCCCGCGUGUCCAUCGUGAACCAGUAUGGGAAGUGUGUUUACGACAAGUACAUCAAGCCAACUGAGCCCGUGACAGACUACAGGACAGCAGUCAGUGGGAUACGGCCUGAGAACCUGAAGCAGGGAGAAGAGUUUGAAGUUGUGAAGAAGGAAGUGGCAGAAAUAUUGAAGGGCAGAAUCCUGGUGGGGCACGCGUUGCACAAUGAUUUAAAGGUACUCUUCCUUGAUCAUCCAAAAAAGAAAAUCAGGGACACCCAAAAAUUCAAACCUUUUAGGAGUCAAGUAAGGAGUGGAAGACCAUCUCUGAAACAACUUUGUGAGAAAAUUCUGGGGAUCAGGGUCCAGCAGGCAGAACAUUGUUCAGUCCAGGAUGCCCAGGCAGCAAUGAGGCUGUACAUCAUGGCAAAGCGGCAGUGGGAGAGCAUUACUGCAGACCGGCGCCCCCUAGCCACCACCCCAAAGCCCUGCAGCGAGUACGCUUAGCACCAGCUUACUACUGCCACCUCCUCUACAUCCUUCAGUGACUCCUCAGUGGCAGUUGGAAUGGGAUUAUGGAGGCCCAUCAAAUUUCUGCACAGCAGGGACUCACUCUGGUGAGCGUUUUCAGAGCCAUGGCUGCAGGGGUGUGACAUGGGAGCUGCUGGAACUUCCUCCUCCUGGACUCUGCUACCAGGACAGAAGUCUGGUUGUGGCGUAGGUUCAGAGGAAGGAGAGAUUGGAAUGGAUGAGUGUGGUGCAGUGUCUGUGUCUGCCAGCCACCUGUACCACCCUUAACACCGAGCACAGCUGCAUUCAGCCUGGGCACUCAGCACCUUCUCCUAAGGAGCAAGGAGUGUCGUCUCCUCUUGUGGGGAAGGGGAUAAGCACUGCUGGACCUAAGGGAUCCAAGGGCCUUCAGUCUGCUGCAAGCCAAUCUGGCUAACAUAGCAGCUGCCCAGUGAGGACUUUCUUAAAGCUACUUAGCUAUGGGUACUUUCUCCUAUGUUCCUUGCUUGGCUCAGUCAUCUAAAAAUGCCAACAUCCAAUGUGCUGUUCUCCACAUAGUCCUUGGGUGAGACUUGGGACACAGAUACACCUGGAGGUGUAAGAUCCUACCACCCUGGUGCACUACAGACAGAAAGGCAUCUGCCUGCUGUCUUCUAGCAACAGGUCCAGAGUGAGCAGUGAACUUUAUGGACCUACCUGACAACUCUCAGAAGGGAGCUGUGGACUGAGGUGUGACUCAGAGCACUUGUCCACAGUGUGCAAGACCCUGGGCCCAUUCCCAGCGCUGUCAAAAAUAAAUGGAUGGAUAAAUGGAGUUUGUGGAAGCUUAGCUUCUUCCCAUCAUCUAGACAUUUCUGAUACCCUGCAGUGCAGGACCAUUGACACCACGGCCAGACAUGGUAUGACCAUCUUAGGGCUUCUUUAUUUACCAAGGAGUGCAAAAUACAGUACUCUCCAGGACCAGAAGGGCAGCAUUUCAGGGCCGGAAGAUAGGAUCUUUCUGAGGUGGGGAGGAGACCUUGGGGGCUUCUGGCUCUGAAGCAGGUUCAAGCUGCUGCUUCUGGGGAUUGGAGCGUGCAGCUGCUUCCAGUGCCUGAAGUACCGUGUCAGCAUAAGAAAUCAGCUCCUGGGAGGAGGAAACAAGUGAACCAUUUGUUCCGGGGGUGUCAGGAUCCAGGAGCAAUUACUUUGAUGACAGAGCCCCCUGACGGAUGGAAUCUUUGAAGUGGUCUAGCUGCCCUUCCCCCUUGAGAUUGGAUUUAGCCCCAUCACAGAAGAGAGUAAUAGAAGAGCAUCGUGUGGAGCUCUGGGUCAGUGCCACACAAGUGUUCCAGCUUGAGAGGUGUCACCCUGAUUUACCAGGCUAGAAGUAAAACGUCCUCGGAUUAUCCGGACUAGGUCCUUGAUGCCUCCAGACUCCAGCUCUGGCAGGAUCUCCUCUGCAGUGGAACAGAGAAGGUGGUGAGACUCAGGAUCCCUGCCCACCAGCCAGAUAAGGCCAGAAGUUGGCACCAGGUUUUUUUAUUACAGGUGGUUGUAAGCCACCAUGUGGUUGCUGGGAAUUGAACUCAGGACCUUUGGAAGAACAAUCAGUGCUCUUAACUGCUGAGCCAUCUCUCCAGCCCCGGGAGCUAGCUUCUGUCCCACCUCCAUGGUGGCAGUCUGUCUUUUUCCCAGACUUACCAGACACCUUUGCAAGACUGGCCAGGCCACGACAAACAUUGUUCACCAGCAGAACUCUGCCAGGGCACAGCUGAAUGCUUCUCAGGAAUAGCUCUACCACCUUCUCAAACUGACUCUCCUUUAUGCAGCCUACAGAGCAUAAACUUUGUUGCCUUAUGUGUCCUGGGUCACCCUCCCUGUUACCAAGACCUCAGGCUGCUCACCCAACAAGGACAGCAUCCAGAGCACCGCACAGCCAGCUUCAGCUAUUUCCACGUCCUCGGGGUGCAUGGCCAGCACCGAGGUGACCGUGACUGAGAGCUUCUGCAAGGGCUCUUUGUCCAAAGUGGCAGCUAGAAUGAGGACAAGGGCGGGAGACACCAUGCCAGGUAUGAAGAGAGGUACCUGCUGCAUGUGUACCUCUCCACACUGCUCUCUCCCACCAACAACAGCAGAGGACAAUCAAGGGGACAGAUGUCCUCAGAGAUGGAAACUGGGGCUUUCCAAUGCCAGCGUCUACUGUAGACUCAUCAGUAGAGAUGAGGACUUUCUGCACUUGUGGCAUUAGCAGGAUCUCUGCAGUUUUCUGGAGCUGCCAUGGCUAGGAACCCUCUCUCCUAGAGCAAAACAGUAUCUAGAAGAGGGGGAACGACAGGCACCGGAACCCCCAUCUUUUUUUUUUUAAAUAUUUAUUUAUUAUGUAUACAAUGUUCUGUCUGUGUGUGUUUGCAGACCAGAAGAGGGGAGCAGACCUCGUUACAGAUGGUUGUGAGCCACCAUAUGGUUGCCGGGAAUUGAACUCAUGACCUUUGGAAGAGCAGGCAAUGCUCUUAACCACUGAGCCAUCUCUCCAGCCCCAGAACCCCCAUCUUAAAACAAAAACCAGGAUAGGGCAUCAAAUUCUGGCUGACCUCUAAAGCCAGGGCUGCCUACUCACUGGACAGGCAUCCUGAAGGCCUUCCUCUCUUAUCUCGCUUGUGUCUCACUGUGCCCCUAUGCUAGGCUCUCAGAAGAGCCCCAUAGGGCUGGGGUUGCCCUCCUGUGCUUAAGGGAUAAGAUAGAGAGCUGCGGUUCUCAACCUGUAGGUUGUAACAGACUGAGAACUGCUGAUAUAGAGGCUCUACUAUGGUGGCGCUCAACCUUCCUAAUACUGUGACCCUUUGAUACAGUACCUUGUGUUGUGGUGACCCCUAACCAUAAAGUUAUUUCAUUGCUACUUCAUAACUAAUUGUGCUGGUGUUACAAAUCAUAAUGUAUAUCUGUUUUCUGACGGUCUUAGACAACCUCUGUGAAAAGGUUGUUCAGCCCCCAAAGGGGUCGCAAUCUACAGGUUGAGAGCCACUGCUUUAGCAGGUCUCAUGCAGUGGGGCUUGUAAAGGGAGGGCCUCACCAUCUAUCAGGAGAGACCAGAGCAGGCUCAGGAUAGCAAGGCAGAUGUCCCUGUCCUCCUGGAAGUGGUCCAGGUGCUCUUGGGCAAGCAGAAACAACCCCUCCUCCUCCAGCUCUUCAGAGAUCAACCCUGUGGACAACCACAAACACUUGGAGGAAAGGUAUCUAAAAAGCCUUUUCCCAGUGGGCUGAUGCAAUCCCUAGCCUGCCUGGCUGGUCUAUUAUACCUACCUCUAAUAAGCCUCUCACCCAAAUGGGCUUAGUGUAGGUAAGAAGCCAAAGACGUGGAGUGGCUCAGUGUCUAACCUUGACCUGACCUGUUAACUACCCAUUUGAUUCUUGGCCACUGUCCUCAGCUUCCAAGUAGUACCCAUGGCUGCCAUUAAGAGCAGAGAACAGUAUGGCUAUCCAUCUUGAGAAUGAGCUCUUCUCCUGCCCAUCUCCCAAGGCCUCUGUUCUGUUCCUGGAUUUUUAGAGUAGAAAGGAAGGACAGAAAAAGACCAGCACACUCACCUUGGCUGGAGAUGAUAGUGAGCAGGUUGUAAACCAUGGUAAUAAGCCUUUCAGAAUCGGGGUGGCUCCUCAAGGCAUUCAUCAGGAAAGAGAUGAUAAAAUGGUCCCUUGGGAUCUCAGCUUCUGAGUCUUGUGCCAGUGCUGAUGGAGCCAGACGAAGAACGUGGAUUAACCCCACAGUUGGGGCUCUAAGGGCGAGCCUAGUGGGUACAGCAUCAUCUCUUUGAAUUAAAGAAACUGAUCUGCCUAUUAUUUAGGCACUGGUCGGGUCUUUGUAAAGAUGGGGGCCUUGCUCACCAACAAGCUUAUAGCAUCUAGUUCCAGUUCUGGCCUCCAAGACCUUGCUGGGUCCUUCCCAAUGAAUAUUUAGUAGAAUUUGUGGGCUCUUGCUUGGUGGUAGAGUACUUACCUAGUAUGCAAGAGGACCUGGAUUUGAUUACCCCCUCUUCCCUGAAAAUAGACACAAUCUGUGUAGUGGUUAGGCCCUCAGUAUUAAGACUAGAAAGGUAAAGGGGUAACUAGAUGCUCCAGACUUAAAGAUGUAGCUUGUUUUCUUCCUGUUCCUGAGUGCUGGGGGAGCUCAGCGGCAGAGUGCUAUCCCCCUGCUGGCAGUCACACCCUCCAAGCCUCUCCUGGCUAAGCCCACUAGACAGACCAUCCUGUCCAGCUCCUAUGAUAGAGCUGGGGAACAGUCGAGAGAGACAGGCUUAUCCAGGGUCCCUGGCCCCAUGUAGACCCGGUGAGUGCAGACGUUAAUUAUGCCCUCUCUCACUCUGAGAUGGAGUUACAUAGGCGCAGAAGGGAACAACAGACUGGAAAGACAGAUGCUGGGGAUGAGUGGGAAGUUGGAGGAGCUGGUGAGGCAGAGGACCCAGGAGGGUGGGGCUUCUCCAUCCAGUCUGGUGCCUACCUUGGCCCAGAACACGCAGCAGCAGGGAGCAGGUGCUGAGCAGAAUGUCCAGGAUCCUCUCGUGCUGCUUGAUGAUGUUGAGCACCUCCUCCACCAGCUCUGGGGGCCAUGGCAAGCCUGUACCACACAUAGCACAGUGAGGCACAGGAGCAGCCGGGCUGUGUGACCCAGAGGCUGCUGGGAGCCCGCUAGUGAAUACAGAGGAUCCAUGUGGGUGAACACAAGGGCAGAGAAGGAUGACCAGCCCGUGUGUUCAUGGAGCUCAUGAAGCAGACCAUCUGCCAAGGUCCACAUCCUGUGUUGUCCAGGCUAACUUGGAGUUCCUGGGCUGUAGUGGUUUUCUUGCCUCAGCCUCUUGAGUAAAAGACCACAGGCACAAUGACACCAUGCCCAGCUCUGCCAAGGCGUAUACUUGGAGCAGCUUCAUGAAGCAAGUCUUCUCAGCUCACUUUCAGAUACCAAAGCUGAGAGCCAAUGAUGGCUGGAGAGAUGGCUCAGAGGUUAAGAGCACUGACUGCUCUUCCAGAGGUCCUGAGUUCAAGUCCCAGCAACCACAUGGUGGCUCACAACCGGCUAUAAUGAGAUCUGGUACCCUCUUCUGGUGUGUAAAUGCAUAAUAAAUUUUUUAAAAAAUUGAUGUGGGCUGGAGAGAUGGCUCAGUGGUUAAGAGCAUUGCCUGCUCUUCUAAAGGUCCUGAGUUCAAUUCCCAGCAACCACAUGGUGGCUCACAACCAUCUGUAAUGAGGUCUG